AUGUCUCAGAAUGACCUGAAGAUCUUGAAAACUUGGGAUAAUGGCAAAACAAUUGAAGAUGGUCGUUAUACUUUGAGUAUUCCCUUUAAAACAGGGAGGCCUUACCUGCCUGAUAACCGAAUUGUAGCGGAAAAUCGUUUGAAGAUGCUGGGGAAGCGGCUGGAUAGAAAUGAAGACCAAAGGGAGAAAUACAUUAAAGAGAUUCACAAACUCUUUGAGAAGGGUUAUGCCGAAGAAGUACCUCCUGAAGAUAUGAAGAGAGCUGAUGGCAAGGUAUGGUACUUGCCGCAUCAUCCAAUUAAGAACCCCAAAAAGCCAGACAAGACCAGAGUUGUGUUUGACUGUGCUUCAAAGUUUAAAGGAUUUUCCCUGAAUGAUUAUGCGAAUCAAGGGCCAGACUUAGCUAAAAAAGUUAGUAGAUUCCUGCUAAGAUUCCGGGAGGGAGCUAUUGCCUUUAUGGCAGACAUAGAGGCCAUGUUUCACCAAGUGAAGGUGAUACCAGAUGACAGAGAUGUGUUACGCUUCCUCUGGUUUGAAGAUGAUGACACAAGAAGACCGUUAGUGACAUACCGAGUGACAUCUCACCUAUUUGGUGGGGUGUGGAGCCCAAGUUGUGCAAACUAUGCAUUACAGCAUGUAACAAAAGAAUUUAAAGAAGAGUAUCCACAGGCUGUGUUGAAUACUGUCCUACGUAAUUUUUAUGUAGAUGACUGUUUGAAAUCUGUGAAGACCCUAGAGACUGCAGUACCUCUUGCAAAUCAAGUAAUACACUUACUGCAUAGAAGAGGUUUUAAUUUAACAAAGUUUGUUUCUAACUCACCACUGUUGAUGAACAACAUAAGCAAGGAGAGGUGGGUAAAGUCUUUUACCACUCUCGAUAUCAGCCUAGACAAACUACCCACAGAAUGUGCACUUGGAAUGCUGUGGAAUACUGAGUCUGACAACUUCAGAUUUAAUAUACAGAUAAAGAACAAACCUAGAACCAGGAGAGGAGUGCUUAGUACUCUCAACAAUGUGUAUGACUCUUUUGGAUAUGUAAGCCCAUUCAUUCUUAAGGCUAGAAGACUGUUUCAGCAGCUGUGUCGAUUGAGAACUGGCUGGGACGACUCUUUACCCAAGGACUUGGAGGAACAAUGGGGCCGGUGGAUGAGAGACCUGCCUAUCAUUAAAGAGUUUAGCAUUCCCAGAUGUAUUAUACCUAUAGACAAGUGCAUAAGACUGUUUCAACUGCAUCAUUUCUUUGAUGCCUCGGAAUAUGGUUUUGGAGCAGUUUCAUAUUUGCUGACCAUCUAUGAAGAUCAGACAGCUUCAGUCCAUCUCAUGAUGGCAAAGUCAAGACUUACACCUUUGAAAGGUUCCACCAUUCCACGCCUGGAGUUGGCUGGAGCACUAGAAGCAGUAAGAUUGGACAAGCUUUUGCAAGAAGAGAUGGAGAUGCCAUUGGAAGAAUCUGUGUAUUGGACAGAUAGUACCAUUGUCUUAUGGUACCUGCAGAGCUCAGGAAAAAGGUUCCAAACCUAUGCCUCUAAUAGAGUAGCCAAGAUUUUGGAGCUGACACAGUGGAGACAUGUACCUACUUCGGAGAACCCUGGAGAUGAUGCCUCUAGAGGAAUGUCAGCCAAAGAACUUGUUAGUGAUGAGCGUUGUUGUAAAGGACCGCGAUUCCUAUACAGUGAUCUAUCAAGCUGGCCUAGACAACCUGCAUUGUACAGAACUAGAAAGGAUGGCUGA